AAACAACAACAAACCCAACAGCCAACGACCGGAGUUUUGCGUUUGAUUCCGACCAGAACCGGAAAGCCCCAGCUGCUCAACCCUCGCCAGGACUUUCAUCAUCCGGAAGCCAGAAGGACAAAUCAACCACGGAAAAAGUCAUCAUCACCGCAACGCACCAACGAAAAUGGAAUACACUCCGAGAUCGGUUGUUCUGGAGCUGCUUCUACGAUACGCUCGCCAUCUUCCGGAUGACGAGUUUUUCCGCGACGGUAACCAGUACCUCAAACCGUUCGUGAAACUCGGAGUCCUUAGCCAAGUCCCGAACGUGCCAGACGAUAAUCAUGAUGUAGAAAUCUGCUGCAAUGUACCGGAUUGUACGUUCUUCUGCCAAUCCGUGGUCAACUACGAGGCUCACUAUAACGCACAGCACCGGUAUACGUGCGGGGAAUGCAAGAAAACGCUCCCAAACGCUCACCUGCUGGAUCUGCAUCUGUCGGAGACCCACGAUUCUUACUUUGCUGCACUGGUUCAGGCAGGAAAAGGGCCCAUGUAUGCCUGCUUCUUGGAAGAAUGUAAAUACCGAAGCACGGACGUCGUUGAGCGACGCGAUCACUGCAUACGCGAGCACAAGUUUCCUCACAAUUUCCGCUUCGACAAGCAGUCCCUGUCGCACCGCCUCAUUGCCAAAUCGCCCGAGCUGGACACGAAGAUUGGCGAGAAGGAAACUGUUGUCCCGGAAGCGGUCACUCCACCGCGAUGUAGGAAAAACUUCGUCUUCGGUCACUCUCGCCAACGUACGUUCAAAGCGACCCAACCCAAGUGUGAUAUCCUCGACCGGAUGGUGGUUGAUCUGCUGGAAAGCCUCCCGAAAGAACAAUGAUCUGCCCGCGAUAUACUUAUGAUGGAAUUUGUUGUUGUUGAAUUUGCAUUAAAUUAGUAUAAAUAGUUGAAAUAAAUAAGUUGAAUUCUAGGCGCCGUGCCACCGUGCGCCAACGCCAGCAAUCAA